GUAGAGCAAGCGAUAUUCAAGGUUUAUAAAUACGUAUUAUCGAAGCACUCUACUGUUAUGAAAGAUAUGAUGUAUGUAAGCGGGGACAACAACGACAAAUCUGGGACCGAUGAGAAUCCUCUGCUAUUAGUUGGCGAUAGCGUAGAAGGAUGGGAGCUCUUUCUGAGCAUCGUUUUCCCAGAUGUACCAACAAAACCGGUGGAUGUUUACAACGACUCGAGGUUGUACAAACUCUUCAGUCUGGUACACAAAUACUCCAUGGAACUUAUCGAGAGAGACGUGCUUGGAAACCUGGAGAACU